AUGAUUAAAUCAGUUCUCAUCUUUAAUAAUCAUGGCAAACCUCGAUGUACCAAAUUCUAUCAACAAAUAGAUACUGGUACGCAACAAGCAUUGAUUCAAGAAAUAUUUUCAUUGGUGUCAAAGAGACCUGAUACAGUAUGCAAUUUUCUUGAAGGAAGUCAGAUGCUUGGAGGGAAAGAUACAAGAAUUAUUUAUAGACAUUAUGCUACUUUAUAUUUUGUUUUUGUUGUUGAUGAAUGUGAAAGCGAAUUGGGGAUUUUAGAUCUAAUUCAGGUGUUUGUUGAAUGUUUGGACAGGUGCUUUGAGAAUGUUUGUGAACUUGAUUUGAUAUUCCAUUUUGAAGAUGUUCAUAAUAUUCUUGAUGAAGUUAUUUCAGGAGGAAUGGUUUUAGAGACCAAUAUUUCACAGAUUGUUAGUGCAUUUAAUGAAACAAAUAAAUUUAAAAGACGUUCAGGAGCAAUGGCUACGAUCGCAGGAAGUGGUGCAGGAGCUGUUGCAAGAGAUUUGGGAGCAAACUUUGCAAAUACGGUUACAACUACUUUACAAUCCACUCUACAAAAUACAGUGAGUGCCACUUUCCCUAAUUUCCGAAGGACAACAGGUUUUUAA